UUUGCAAAAUGCUUUUAAGGAGAGGAGAGAACAGGAAGAUGCGGAUAUUGAUACAACCUGCCAAAAACCAACUAGGAAAAUACAAAAGAUUCGAGUGUCUUUUCGAUUCGUUUUAACAAGUUCUAACCAAAGCAAUUCAAACACUUGAAAGUGGAAGAUUAAAGGAAAAGCAAAUCCCCACACAUACAAUGGCUACUAAGUUGAAGAGCGCAAAGUCUAUCGUUCCUCUUUUGGAUCGUAUCCUUGUUCAACGGGUCAAGGCUGACCCAAAGACCGCUUCUGGUAUUUUCUUACCUGAAAGAAGCCUUGAAAAGUUGUCGGAAGGUCGCGUUAUCGCUACCGGAAAGGGCAUGUUGAACAAAACAGGAACUCUCUCUCCUCCUAGUGUGACCCCAGGAGACCGUGUCUUGUUACCUGCUUUUGGUGGAAACAACAUUAAAGUUGGCGAAGAGGAAUAUAGCCUCUAUCGUGAUCAUGAAUUGUUGGCUGUCAUCAAAGAGUAAAGGAAGCUUUGGAUUGCAGAUUUUGCUUAAUAAGAAACCAUGAUUCGUUGUCCAAUGUGAUGUUUUGGAUCUUGGUUUCUUUUCUUGUUGAAUGAAUUAAAUCUUAUAUUUUUUUGGGAAAGAAAAUAGUAAUUCUUGAACCUGGAUCCCAUUUCCUUAGGAAGGAACCCAAGAAAUAUUUAGCAGCAUAUUCUCCAUACCAUAAUUUUGAAAAGAAAUAUAUUCCAUAAAAGAGAUGAUUUCAUUUUGAAACAGUUUUACUCUCUUCCUCCUCUCUAUGUCUUUUUCAAAGAUUCUCAUGAUUUUUAUGAGUAUUAAGUUAGCUUACGAUAGUCCUUGUGUCACUUCCUUGACAAGAACUUUAUUUUUUUUUUCGUCUAUCCUGUUUUUAAAAGGUGAUAUGCAUAGAACAUUCUCUUUCCCAUUAGUACCAUCUUCCAAUCGUUGUAGCUUCUGUCCAAUUAGUGCUGCAGUUGGGACAUGACUCAUAGGCCAAAUGUUUGCAACAAUACACAUGCAAACAAUAUCCACAUUCGCAAACAUAGCCCUAUAAACGUAAGUCAGUUUUGGUCGCUCUGUGUACUUUCCAUUCACAUACCGCUGUGACAAUACCGCGACAAGCAUUACACUCGUAGAGACUACUUUCAUACUCAUUAUGUAGGUAAGCCUCCAUGUCUGCCAAUGCAUGGUUUGUGAAUGUCCAUAUCCCUUCGCGUUGAUUCAACCAACCAUCUCUUUCAAAAGUGCUCAAGUAGUUUUCAAUAAUAGAGGGAGCCAGCGACAUGUCCCGUCGUGCAUACUUGUGAAUCUGGAGUGUAGUUAUCGAGUACUGAUACUCGUCAGCUUGCAUAAUCCAAUCGAUAAUUCUUCGCAUCAGUUCAAUUUGGUUCGUCGAAUAUGGUGUGGCCAUUUGCGAAACAGGGUCACCAGAUAGAUUUUGAAAAUGCCAUGUCGGUCGGCCAUCGAGCUGGUCUUGAAUUUUUUGAAGCUUAAAGUCGUAAUUGUGAAUGUUUUUGUUGAUUUCAUUCAUAGUUUGACUCAGUGAUGCUGACUCACCAAAUAAAUCAUGAAUCAGGCCUUGUACUACAUCCUCAUCAACUCCGAAAGUUCGAUUCAUCACAUAUUGUAGCACAAACUUUUGCUUUUCUGCGUUUUCUUCAAUCCGCGUGUCUCCCUCCAUAACACUUUAACAGUUUAGGAUGAAACAAUAUGUUCCCAAAGGAACUACCUAAUUUUGCUCUGCUUUUUUUUUUUUUUUAACGUGGUACUAACAAUAUCAAAAUUUCUUUCAUAAAAAGCAAGGAGAAACCAGAAUAGCUUAUAUUAUUUACAAAUUCUGUCUUUGUUUUUCUGGCUACCAAAAUUAAAGGGAAAAAUAUUAAAUAAGCGCGUUCAAGGGAAAAGCAAGAAAUCACUUAAAGUAGUAUGAUUUCCUCUUUACAAAAAUAUUUCCAUUAAUGGAAGUGAAUGUAUAUCAAAAAAAAAAAUAAAAUAGUAUAAAAACAAUAAGAAUAAAACAAGAAAAUAACGGUUUUAUGAUAUAUUCGUCCCCUAACAUUACUAUUUCUGAUGAACGUUAUUCUACUGACUGUAAUACUAUAUCUGAACUAAAAGUCGCUUUUUCUUGUUAUAAACAAAUUAUCGGCAAAAGAAAAUCCCAAUUUCCUCCUUUCUGAAUGUUCAGAACCUGCCAAUAAGAAGAUAAAGCCAAAGAAAAUCACUUUAUUUGUUCAACACCCAACUGUUUAUUUAUUUACUUGUUUGUUUACAUGGUAAUUUUCUACAGGAAAUCAAUUCAAUCCGUAAACGCUCAGUAAAUCCCUUUGAUAUCAAUCUUACUUUUAUAAACAAACAAAAUAGAUGUAAAUCC